AUGUCAGAGAUCUCUGAAAAUAACCUAACAUCUCUCCUCUAUCAUAUAGCUUUGCCUACAAACUUACCUGGCUUUCAAGAGCCUAACGUAGAGGAGAUUAAUCUAUUGCUCUUAAAAAGUCUUCUCAAUGCAACCAACGAUAUUUGUGCUAUUCCAGAUAUAUCGCAACUCGAACAAUGGAAAUCCAUUUAUCAGUCCCUGAAGAAGACCUCUGAAGUCAAUACUUGUGGAAGUUUGGACAAAAACACUAUAAUUACUUCUCUUCGAGACUUGCAUGGAUCGAAUUUCGUGUUGUACUUUGUAACAGAACAAAAUGCUGGAAUCAUGGUAAGAAUAGAACAAAAUGACGACGGCGAAUCCCUCGUAUUCGAAGUCUCGGAAGCCUCUGCACCUUCUGAGAUAGUUAUCGAAGCCGAGAACGCUUUGGUUUGGGAUUUUCCUACUUCAGCAGCAGUAAUACCUAGAAGAUUACUUGAAGAGCACGACUUUGAGGAAGAGGUUGCGAGAUUUCUGGAGAUGGCCAGCAAAGAAAAUAUCAAGAGAUUUUCUUAUCAGGUUUUGAAAGCCAGAACCAAAGUCCAGGAAACCCGGAACUCAGUUGAUCCUGCUCUCAUUACAGGUAUGUUUAUGACUAUCCUUAAAGUACACGGUAAGUCUUGCGAUCUUCCACUACUCCGAAAACGUGUUAGAGACGAUGUUUGCUCGAGUGGGCAAGCAGCCAAGCUACCUUGGCGUCGUUCCCCUUUUUGGCUACUUCUUCGAGUAGCGAUUGAACGACAGCUUUCAAACAUUAUGAGUCCGGAGCUUGGUAUAGCUCAGUAUAAGCUUUUACAGUGUCUAGUUCAUGCUCGACUUCUCGAAAAAUGCGUCGCCUCAGAUGAGUUAGACCACGAGCUCCUAUUUCAUCUGCACAAAAAGUUAAUUAGACGCAUCGACAAACUUAGCAGCUACGAAAAUAGACUUGAUGAUUCAAGCGUCAGCUAUUACAGGCAACUUUGGGAAAAUAUCGAGCCAUUAAUCAAAUCAAUAUCAACAAGUGCAAUUGAUAAAAUAUCAAAUCAAUGGGAAAGUUAUAAGACGUUUUUAGGGAAUCAGAAUGAGAUCAAAUUUCCACGGGGAGUUGCACAGUUUCACUGUAAAAUUCAACUGGCCAAUAGUCAAACAUAUAUCGAUCAGGUUUUAAGCUUUCGUGAUAAUUACCCGGAAACUCCCACUUCAUGCCUGGAUAAUCUAAAGAAGGCGGAAUCAUCAUUUUCCUUUCAAUUUGUUGACAAAUAUCAAAAGCUUGCUGAGCACGAAGUAUUAUUAGUGACAGAAAAUAAAAAACUGUUGCCAAAUACCAAAGCCGAUUUAAAAAAAAAGCGCUGUUUUGUUAUAGCAGAAGAUAUUCAAAACUAUAUUACGAAAGUUGGAAUUCAUUACGAUAAAGUACCUGUGCAAAAAAGUAAAAUGUUGCUCUUAAUACUUGAACUUUGGAUGGGUUUGGAUAAACUAACUUUAGAUCUCUUCCCAUUACUCAGGGAAUACAGCCCUAAGCUCACUCAUAACAUUACAGAUGUAUUACAGUUGGUGGAAAUUAAAGAUUUUGAUCGUUUGGAUAUAAUACGAAAAUAUCUUAUUAAGAGGUCAGAUGAAUGCUAUCAAACUACCAACUCUAUUUUCGACAAGCCAGACGAGAGCUGCUUUGCCGUCAGAUAUUUUGAUAGCUCCAAAAAAGAUUCGGAUUUAAGAUCACUUCUUUCACAAAUCGAACGAGAUGCUGAAGGGAAAAAACUGCAAAAGAAAAGAGAUCUUUCUUCAUUAUCAAGUGAUUAUAAUCAGAUGGUCGAGAAAGAAUUGGUGCUUUCUCAUGCAGAUACAAGUUCUAAUCACUGGAAAUACUGUAGCAAGUGCCGUCUGAGAACAAAAAUUAAGAAGACAUCAAUUGAUGUCUUUGAGUGGCCACUUCCUGUAUGCGAAAUUCAGAAAAAAACAGUAGUGUUUGAGCUCUUAUGUCCAGAAGUAUUUUCGGUUUAUAGAGAAACACUAUGGAGCAUCAUUUCCUGCUUCGCGAUGGAUAAAUACCAAAGCUGUAGCACACGAAAGGUGGCGUUUGAACUGAAAAAUUAUCAAAAAUUAUCCCAAUAUAAAAAAUCUACAAGAUCUUGCAAACUUGAAUUAGUAUCUUCGACAAAAACAUUCUCAAUGACCAAUUUUUCAAAGGUUAAACUACCUGUUGAUUUGGCUGAUAUAAUUGUCCCUAAUGCAGCCAAUUACACAUAUUACGAUACUUCUAAAAUGUUUUGGACUGAUCAGAUUCCAGAACUAACAUUUUCACACCACAGUAAGCUGUUAUUGCCUGAAAACUCCAUUUAUGCAUCGCUUAAAACAUCACCCUACUUUGCAGUAGAUCAGAAAUCAUUGACAUCUUACUCAAUUGCUGCAAGUCGCGCAUCGUGUCCUAAUACUGCUACUAUUCAGGAAUACCUAUCGCUACAAACCCUACAUUUAGGGUAUGAGCACCGCUGGCCUCACAUGUUGAUAGAGUUGGGCUCAUCGAAUAUAAAUUUAAGCACUGAAGCCGCAAGUUCAGUAAUAAAUCUUUUGGCACUGCAGGCAGGUCCAUACAGUAAAACAGACAUCCGCGGUGGUGUUCACAAAAUAUUCUCAAACCAAAAUUUUUGUAAAAGGCUUUUGGAAUUGAUCUCAACGCGGCUAAGAAAUAUAUCAUCAAAACUAAAAGCAAAAGAGAUUUACUGUAUGGAUACUCUCAUUACUCUUUCGCUCAGGUUGUAUGAGUUUGCAGCCUCUGAAUAUAGAAGAGAAAGCCUGGAAUUGAUUGAGCUAGCUCGCGAGAUUACAUGGGAAUGGCAUACUAAAUCCAAGUAUGAAAAAUGGAACUCUCACGGACUUCAUUACAAUCAAAGUGGAAGACCUCACUACAGUGUAUGGUCUUCGCUUCUUUUUAGGCGUACCUUUAUUGUUCUUCAAAAUAAUUCCAUAAUAUCCGAGGACCUAGCUUCCAGGUACUUAGAAACUUCAAUUUCCAUUAACGACUCCAUUAAAGAUGAUAUCUCGGACCUUCCAUUAUCACUGAAAGCAGCUUAUAUCCGCGAUUUCAAUUUAGCCCACAUUCUGAAACCACUGCUAAAUCUAAGCUUGAGCACGAAAGUAAUCAGAGACGGGAUUGUUGCCCCUUUAUUCGGGAAUAAUUGUCACUCGGAAAAUAUUGAGUAUAAAAAUUUAUCUGGACUUUACAAUUGGUGGAUCAAGAUUCUGGUCAGGCUAGAUCUGUCAUCAGAAUUUAACGGGAUAGAAUUUUACUAUAGCUUGCCCACAGGACUUGUUCAAUUCAAAGAUAAGGCAAAAAAACAAAUCCCGGGUUACUUAAAGAAGAGUGCUAUAUUGCAGCACCUUCCCAAUCUUGACCACGUAACUCUAUUACCUUCAUGUCGGUAUGGUAUGGACUACCAAGUCAAUGGAAUUAAUGACAAUCAAGAAAUACAUAUCAAGAUACAAAAUGAGGAUACUAUAUUUCAACUUGUUGAAGGAGAGGACAUCAUGGAAUUAAUUCCCGCAAAGAAGUUCAUAGGUGUGAAGAAUGAUCUACCCUCAAAUUUAAUAAAUGAUCAUGUACACUGGCUUCACUUAAAAGAUUAUAAAAUUGAAAUUCGACCCAUAUCACAACCGCUGAAACAUAUGUCAUCAAAUUGGAUUAUUGAUUUAUCUACACGGCUAGCUACACAGAACUUUAAACGAAGUACCAAAACUUUACUUGAUCCUAACUCUCUUUUAUUUAAAGCCAUAAGUCGAAUUCUCAAACAUGUCGAAAAUCCAAAUGAAAUUAUGGCCUGGAGAAAUGAAUAUAACAGACUAAAAAUUUCACUAAAUCGUCUCAAGCUUGAAUUUCAUGUCAAUAGUAAUAGAACGUUAGAAUGCCCACAGUUAGAGUCGCAGAUUGAUUCGAAUCAGGACAUUGGCACGUGGUAUGGUCUUGAAUCCAAGCUAGUGCUGCGCGAAGUUAUUUACCAUAAUUUCGAUUCUAUACCAACAAUAAUGUUGACCGAAAAUCGAUGCGUUUUAGUUCCCAUUGGUGAAAUUUUAUACGAACGAUCUGGGCCUCAUGUAAACGUUAAAUUUACUAAAUCAGGUAAUUAUGCCCGGUUCUCAGUCAAUAAUAUCUUGGGGCGCAUUGAAUCGGUAGAUCCCAAUCAAGAAUAUCUUAAAGCACUUAUUCACGCAUCUACGUCUUCACUACAACCGGAUCCAUUGACAAACCGCACUGGAAUUGAAGAGGCAUUCCAUAUACUUAAUUCUGGUCUGAGCCAACCAGCUAUGCCCAUAUCUAUCCUACAAAGUAAAACGUUGGAGAAAAUAGCAAGAUUAAGUCCUCGUAGAGAUUUCUAUCCUGAGAACACUAAGCUUAUGCAAAUGACUGUUUGGAAAACGGACCUUACUAUAUGCAUUCAGCACGAUGGACUUAGAACCGCUGUCGACCAAAUUUUUCAGAAAUCUCAGGAGCUGACUACAUUCUAUGAAGGAAUUGGACCCUUGAAUAAUUAUCCCAAAAAUGGAGAAAAUUGCUUGAACUCACGUAGUUGGAGAAGAAGAAGUCUUUACGAAAGACCUAGCCUCGCCACUGCAACAAUUACUAUGGAGAAAGUAUAUCCAGGACGCCCACUUAGUUUGUUUAGAAACCAGAUGGAGAUUGUUCGUAAAUGUGCUGAUGAUAUCCGUGAAUGGAAAUAUCAUAAGAAUCACACAAGAAAACUUCAUGAUGUUCUAACGGACUGGUCCAAUUUUCAAGGGCUUGGUCAACCGUUUAAUAAAGUAUAUUUGUCAGAACUUUGUUCACUUGAUGUUUCGGACAAUUGGGGGCCGCUACUACAUGUGGUUAGAAAUAUUGAUCAAAGCAACAAGUUCAAAUUAACUUUUCUUCUUGGGGUCAUCUUAUUUGGAGAAAGGGCAGAUACUGAUGCUAUCAAUUUCUUAGUAGCAUACGCCGUUUCUGACAAGUUGAAAAAUUUGGAACCACCCAUAUGGUCAUUCUAUGAAAACUUCCGAAAAGAUGACAAGCUCAGCCUCACAACAAUACUCAAACUUAUGAGAUCAAAUGACGAUUUUUUUGAUGAGAUCGUUAGUCAAAAGGAAUCACAAAGAUUCGCAAAGUUCUUACUCGAACAAUGGCCUUGCGAGGAACCAACAGCAGAUGACUUUAUCGAUGCAGAUGAAAUUGACGUUGAUGAGCUCUUAAAGCGAAUACGACCUGAAUGGCGCCGAGCUUAUAAGAAUUUUGAUCUUUCCAUAUAUUUAUCACAUGUCCAGAUAUUUAUUGAUGAAUUUAAUUAUCCUCAAAAAUGCUUUCCAGAUAUCAAUUCAGAAAUAAAUCAGCUCGGGAAGAAAUUUUUACUUGAGGAUACAGUUAGGAUAGAAUUACCAUCAAUUUCGGAUCUACUGAAGAAAAAUAUUAGUGAUGAGAACAAUGAAAGCAGAGAUUCUAAGGAUCUGGUGAUGCGAUACUUUUCUGAAUGCUACGUGCGGAAUCUCACAUAUUCCGAGCAGUCUGAGACCUUAUCAAAAUCAAAAUCAAUUCCAGAGAUAAAUGAUUUACACAAGAUUAUUUCAAACGAGCGUCUUUUUAAUUCAGAUGUAGAAAAUGCUUAUGCAAAAAAUCUGUUAGAAAGUCUACAUGCAUUGGAGGAACAAGGACGUAAACUUCAUGGAAAUCCAGAGCUCGAUUUUAAUGAGAUCAAUCAACUAAUUGACGAGGCAAGUCAUAUUGUCAACGGUAGAGUUUGUAAAUUGGAUUACCUAUGUUACCUUGUCAACCCUAUCCGAACAGAAUGGCUUAAAUUGGCAGGUCUAUGGCCUUGCAUGCAACCAGUUAGUCUACUAGAAACGAUUAGAUCAAUUUCGAAAUAUGAAUUCGGAGAAAACGUUAAAGAAUUGAUUGUUGAGUGCGCUAUCUCAAUCACUAGGCUUCAAAAACUUUACCGCAUAAGACGUGCACUUUUGAAAAGAAAAACCCAAACUUUACAAGAAGAAUUGGAAAAUUUGGGUCACACAAAUUGGGAACCGACUCAAAAGCCUGACUGGCUAUUAUUAGAGAUUGAUAGUAAUAUUUUAAUACGACCUGGUCAGGUUGAUGUAGCCAACGCAACAAUAUCUCCUGACAGUGCCAACAAUUCAGUUCUCCAGAUGAACAUGGGACAGGGGAAAACUUCUUGUAUAAUGCCAAUGGCCGCUGCAACUCUGGCUGACGGAAACAAUUUAAUGAGAGUCAUUGUCACGCAAGCUCUCUUAAUGCAAACAACACAACUUCUCCAGACAAGGCUCGGAGGCCUCGUAGGGCGAGAAAUAAAACAUGUGCCUUUUUCUAGAAAACUCUCUAGUAUUUCGGGGAUAUCAAAAAAAUUUAGAGAGCAACUACAAUCCAUUCAAAUAUCGGCAGGUAUUUUAAUUGCUCAACCAGAUCACAUAUUAUCAUUUAAGCUAUCAGGUGAUCAAGCUAUAUUAGAUGGAAAGUUUGCAGAGGCUGAAGAGAUGAUCGAGGUCCAAAAUUUCGUUGCAAAGAAUUGUCGUGAUGUAAUUGAUGAAUGCGACGAAAUUUUGUCGGUCCGAAAUCAACUUAUCUACCCUUCUGGCACGCAUAAAGCCAUUGAUGGCAACCCAAACCGCUGGGAAAUCAUUGAAAACCUACUCGAGCAGGUUAGCUUUCACCUGAAAAACAUUGAAACUCAAAAUCCAGGUAGUGUUUCUAUCACCAAUAAAGGAUCCGGUAACUUCCCAUUAUUCUUCUUUGUGAACGAGGAGAGUGAGGAGCAACUAUUGGCAAGAUUGGUAGAAGAUAUUUGUUCGGGUUACAGUCAAAUAAUCACUAGGUUUGAGCCAGACAAUCAGAACACGAUCAGGGACUUUAUAUCAAAAAGUUCAAUACCAGAAAGUACCGUUAAUAAAGUCGAGCUCUUGUCCGAGAUGGACCCAACCUUCCGAAAAGCACUAUAUUUACUCAGAGGUCUAUUGGCGUACCAAGUUUUAAUCGCUUCACUUAAAAAGCGUUGGAACGUUCAGUAUGGCCUUCAUCCAAAUAGAGAACCUCUUGCAGUUCCGUACUAUGCGAAAGGAUGCCCAAGUGAGAAUUCAGAAUGGGGCCAUCAGGAUGUUGUUAUAAUCUUGACAUGUCUAUCUUUCUAUUAUGAAGGAAUCAAAACUGAUCACCUCAAGGAGAUAUUUAGACAUAUUCGCGAGACUGGCGAUCCUAUUCAGGUAUAUAAUCAACUUACACAAGACUCUAAUCUACCUGCUCCUCUUCGAAAUUGGAGUGCAAUAACUGUCGAAGAUGAGACACUGCUCGAGGAAAUUUGGCGAUUUAUACAUCUCGAUAUCAACAUCAUUAAGUUCUAUUUGAACAACUGUGUUUUCCCAAGGUUCCUCAAGCAGUUUGAAUACAGAAUUCAGGCUUCAAGCUGGGAUAUUCCUUCAAUGGCCUGGAAUCACUCUGAAGAAGUAGGAAUCAAUACAUGUCCUCUGACAACCGGCUUUAGUGGAACAAAUGAUUGGAAAGACUUACUUCCAAUGACAAUUUUUCAAAAAGAUUUGCCUGUAUUGUCACGCACAAAUGCUGAGGUAUUGACAUACCUUUUAACGAAUCGAAAUAGAACUUAUCAUUUUGCAGCUGACUCAGCAGGGAAUCGUCUAUCUGAACUUGAUCUACUUAAGAAAGUAUCAGGCCAAAAUAUUAAGAUUUUGCUUGAUGCUGGUGCGCAAAUAAUGGAACUAAACAAUGAAGACCUGGUAAGGUCUUGGCUUUCCAUUGAUGAAUUUGCACUAGCAGCUUUUUACUUCGACAACAACAAUAGACCGCAGAUAAUGUAUCGCGGAGGAAGAAAGGUGCCAUUCCAGGCAUCGCCAUUUGUUGAUAAUCUCGGAAGGUGCCUCGUUUAUCUAGACCAGCUUCAUACCCGUGGUACAGACUUAAAAUUCCCCCCUCAUGCGAAGGCAGCCCUGACACUAGGACCAAACCAGACUAAGGAUCACACAGUUCAAGCUGCAAUGAGAAUGCGUCAACUAGGGAGCACGCAAUCCAUUGAAUUUUUUGCCCCACCAGAAGUACAUCGCAGCAUUCUCAAUCUUCAGAAAAAUGCUCUGGAAUAUAAGAAAAUAACCUCGUUUGAUGUCAUUUGUUGGCUACUUAAGCAGACAUGCCUGGGAAUAGAAACCCUCUUACCUUGCUACUGCGUACAAGGAUUUGAGUUCUGUCAACGAACACAAGCGGUACUAACAUACCCAAAGGUUUUUGAUCCUAACAGUUCAGACUCGAAAAAUUAUUUGCGUGUAAUUCGACAUGUAGAAGAUCACCAAUUAGAAAACUUGUACGGAACAAAAAGAAUACCCAAAAAAUUUUCAUCAAUCAAUAAAAUUCCUAAAAUUACAAAUUUCAGUCAAAGGUUGCAGGAAAUAGAUAGAAUACGUCAAGAUUCGAGUGGAGGCCACGUUAACUCAGCCCUUCAGGAAGUAGAACAAGAGCGGCAAAUUGCCAAUGAAGUUGUGAAUGUUCGACAUGUUCAAAUACCUACUUUUUAUCAGCCGCUUAAAUUCUUACGUCUCGAUAAAGAUUUACUUAAUUUUGUGCUGAAUGGUAUUAUUACGCCUGAUGCUCGUGGUUAUGAGUUAGCUUUUGAAUACAUUGCUAGAACCUCAAUUGGGAGAAAAUAUGUAUUUGACCAAUCAGCUACAUCUCAGAAACUGUAUAUCUCGGUUGAAUUUGGAAAAACUGUUCAUCUAGUUUCCCACAGCCGCGCAGAUCAUUUAUAUCGCCCUGUCCAUUGGAUUUUGUGGAGUCCCCACAAUAAAGUUGCUAUGGUUAUAAUUCCAGAGGAGAUGGAACUGAUAAUGCCAUUUCUCAGGGAUGGAAGAUCUGUCGUUCAUCUUCUUUCCUAUGCUACUCCUUUGACAAAAGAAAUGUUAUCAUUUAAUGAUAUGAAUAAUUUUGUUGUUCCACCCCUUCCAACAACUUGGGAGGCUCCUAUAUGGUUGCGAAUUGAAUUAGGAAUUCUCUCAGGACGACUUUAUUUCGACUCUUUUGAGUGUACUGACAUUCUAAAUUAUUUAGGUGUGCAAGAACAAGACGGGAGGAUCAUUGAGAUACACGAAGACUUCCCGGAUCUUUUAGCAUUAAAAUCACUCUCGCUGGCGGAAAGAAGAUGUCAUUUCACGUCGGAACCCCUCCAAUUCCUUCAAGAGUGGCUUUCACUUCGCUACAAUGGCCAAGAUUUUUCCCAUACUCCCAUGGGUCACAUCUGCAAAGGAAAAGCUUUACCAGUUGACUAUCCAUACACCUCACGCAUUUCGAAAGAGGACGUGAAUGAAUCCGAGCCAUUUAUCUACACAAACGUUCUUAAUAAACAAGCCGAAGAAUACGAGGAAUUUUUCGAUGAAUCUGAGUUUGAAUUUUUAGAGUAUGACAACAAAGAGAAUCCAACGUGUAAUUAUGAAGAAGAUUUGCUGAAUUUUUCACCGUCUGACGAAGAUAUCUGA